AAUAGAGGUAGAAGUCUUAAAAAAAAAAGUGUAGAGCAGAAAGGAAGUAUCAAGCAUGAAGAAAAAUAAUCAAAUAAAAAAAAGGGGUAAUUUGAAUGAGGAAGGAGGAUACGUUUGCAAUCUGAUCGGAGACUCCUAGACUGGGCAGCCCAAUUUGCUUUUGCGAGGUAACAAAGUAAGUAACUAGUUAUUAUCAUCACAAGGUUGAAGAUCCAAGAUUCAAUCCCAAUUGGCAUGGAGACUCAUCCCGGAAUAUCUCCACCUCCACUUCUACUUGUUUUUGUCUUUUCGGUUUUGUUUUUGUUUUGUGCUGUACAUUCUUCUGACCUUUCAACAACAAAAGCUUCUCUGGCCCUCCAUGAUUGCGAGCAAUGUCAUCGCAACAAGGAACAAGAUAUUUCUACAGCUAGAAACCCCGAUGAAAAGGAUAUUGAUAUAAUUGCAACAUACAGCGAUGCUUCUGGCCAUGUUCGACUCGCAAGGUUGAAAAUGAGGGAUUUAUCUGAUUCCUGGAUUUGGGAAAACCCUACUAAUGGAAACAAUGAAUUUCAAAAGAGCUCCCAGGAAUUGAUGGAAUCAUUUCAAACUGACUCAAGAUUUGAAGACAAUGGCAAGCACUCCACAGAUGAACAUUAUCCUGAAGAAAACAAAAUUGACAUUCCCCGUUCCUCAUCAAUGACGCCAAUGAAGAUCAAGCGUCAGAUAAUGCGGCAAGAAAGACGGAAAGCUCGUGCAUCGGAACUUAUUCAAGAAGACAAAGAAACCGACAAUCACAUUGUAUCAGCAGCAAUUGAACGCUCUGAAGGAUUUGAUACCACUAUCAAGGGAAAGUAUAGUAUAUGGAGGAGAGAAUAUGAAAACCCAAAUUCUGAUUCAACUCUGAAACUCAUGCGAGAUCAAAUAAUAAUGGCCAAAGCAUAUGCCAACAUUGCAAAGUCCAAGAACAAAACUGUUCUAUACGAAGCUCUUGUCAAACACUCCAGAGAUAGUCAACAAGCUAUAGGAGAAGCCAGUUCUGAUAUCGAGCUUCACCUUGGAGCACUUGAUCGAGCAAAAUCUAUGGGUCAUGUUCUUUCCAUAGCAAAGGACCAACUUUAUGACUGCCUUUUGGUGGCAAGGAAGUUCAGGGUGAUGCUUCAAUCAACCGAAGAUAGAGUGAAUAUACAGAAGAAAAGAAGUGCAUUCUUGAUUCAGCUGGCUGCAAAAACUGUGCCUAGACCAUUGCAUUGCCUUCCCCUACAACUUGCAGCGGAUUAUUACCUGCAGGGCUAUCAUAAGAAAGGAAAUCUUGACAAAGAAAAGGCUGAAGAUCCAUCUCUUUACCACUAUGCUAUCUUUUCUGAUAAUGUAUUGGCUACAUCUGUGGUUGUUAAUUCUACUGUGCAGAAUGCAAAGGAACCUGAGAAGCAUGUUUUCCAUAUAGUGACGGAUAAACUGAAUUUUGCAUCAAUGAGAAUGUGGUUUCUCGUCAACCCUCCUUCUAAAGCAACCAUUGAAGUUCAGAAUAUUGAUGAUUUCAAGUGGCUGAAUUCCUCAUAUUGUUCAGUUCUACGUCAACUUGAAUCGGCAAGAAUAAAGGAAUAUUACUUUAAAGCUAAUCAUCCUUCCUCCCUCUCUGUUGGUUCUGACAAUCUAAAAUAUAGAAAUCCUAAAUAUUUGUCAAUGCUAAAUCACCUAAGGUUCUACCUUCCUGAAGUUUAUCCAAAAUUAAACAGAAUUCUAUUCUUGGAUGAUGACAUUGUAGUGCAGAAAGAUUUGACACCUCUUUGGUCAAUUGAUUUGAAAGGUAUGGUGAAUGGUGCUGUAGAGACAUGCAAGGAGAGCUUCCAUAGGUUUGAUAAAUACCUAAACUUUAGUAAUCCACUGAUUUCCAAUAACUUCAGUCCUGAGGCGUGUGGCUGGGCAUUUGGUAUGAAUAUUUUUGACUUGAAGGAGUGGAAGAAACGAAACAUCACUGGUAUCUAUCAUCGGUGGCAAGAUAUGAAUGAGGAUAGAACCCUCUGGAAGCUUGGGACCUUACCCCCGGGAUUAAUCACCUUUUAUAAUCUGACCUAUCCGUUAGAUCGAGGCUGGCAUGUUUUGGGACUUGGCUAUGACCCAGCUCUGAACCUAACAGAGAUAGAAAAUGCCGCUGUCAUUCACUACAAUGGAAACUACAAGCCGUGGUUGAAUCUUGCUGUUUCCAAAUAUAAAUCGUACUGGUCCAGAUAUGUUAUGUUCGAUAAUCCGUAUCUUCGAGUUUGCAACCUUAGCGAAUAGUGAAUUUUGUGCCCUUCACUAGUAGAUUGUACUUGUUGAGAAUGGUACAAUGCGAUAUAUUUGUCUGGUUAAAGAGAAACUGAAAUGCGAUUCAGUAAUAUUUUGAUCGAUUAAAACGUCAAUUUCGUCCUGAAAUCGGCUUUCCUUUAUUAGUUUAAUCCAUGACAUUAUAUAAAAGCAAA